AUGACAAUAAUCAUUAACUGGAAUUUACUCUGCAACGCAGUCUACGGAUUUACACACUUUGUGCAAAAUAGCAUAUCUAGAUUGCCUGUUGAAAAUGAAUUACCUGAAAAGAUUGAAAGACUUGUAAGAUGUGAGGCUUCUGCAUAUCAGAAGCUUUUGAUGAGGAGGGUAGAAGACAACCUUGGUGCGAUUGGAACCUCAAAGGUGCGGUCCGUGCACAAUUCUGUUAUGGAGCUACGUAAUAUAUGCAAUCAUCCUUAUCUGAGCCAGCUUCAUGUUGAGGAGGUACAUGGUCUAAUUCCUAAGCAUUACCUGCCGAAUAUUGUGAGACUUUGUGGGAAGCUUGAGAUGUUGGAUCGAUUACUGCCCAAGCUAAAAGCAACAGAUCAUCGGGUUCUUCUAUUUUCAACAAUGACUAGGCUGCUUGAUGUUAUGGAAGAUUAUCUCCACUGGAAACAGUACAGGUAUCUUCGCUUAGAUGGCCAUACAGCUGGUGGUGAACGGGGAGCCCUUAUUGAGAAAUUCAAUGAACCUGGUUCUCCAUUUUUUAUAUUUCUGCUCAGCAUCCGGGCUGGAGGAGUCGGAGUGAAUCUUCAAGCCGCUGAUACUGUUGAUCUGCAAGCACAGGCAAGGGCUCAUCGGAUUGGCCAAAAGAAGGAUGUUCUUGUUCUUCGAUUAGAAACGGUGAGUACUACGGUCUUGGACAGAUAUAUUUCUGAAUUAUUUGUUCUGAACCUGAAAAACUUGGGUUGCAAUUGA